UUUUUCUUCACUUUUCUUUCUUUUUAUGGGUCUGUGAAUAUUAACAUGAAUUUGUGUUGUCCAGAAGAGUCUGUCAGGUUAAUAUAAUUGUCUGGUAACCUACUAGCUAGAAAUCAUACAGCGUGUAUGGCCAAGAUUAAUUAGUUUGAAAAAAGAUAAGAAAGAAUAUCUCUGAGUAUACAUAAAAAGCAGGGAAAAAGUGAAAUAUUCUAUAUUCCAAUAAAAAGGAAGUUCCUGCAAAUAUGUCCCUAAAUCCAAAAGAGAAUGAUGGGAAAUUAGAUGGUUAAAAAGGUCAUCAAUGUCCUAAAUUUGAUUCCAAUUCAUGUUGGUUUUUUUUUUUUUUAAGCUUCACUGUUUAAAAGACCAAACAAGGAAAACAGAGGAAAAUUACAAAAAACAUGAAACCAUUCAAGAAACCCCACCUUCUAAACGCUUUCCUUAUUUUACUACUCAACAUCAAUUACUUAUCAAGUUCUACUGCUCGUGAAGAUGUUCAGUUUAUCAAAUUCUGUGGAAAACAUCAAAUUCAAACACCAUUUGUUCAAAAAAGCUCAAAUCUUUCUUCAUCCCCGAUAAAAGAUUUGGUCCUUUGCAUAUCUCAGAAGCUCUACUACAGAACCUCCAUUGGCCUUUUCCCGAUCUCCUCCAUUAAUUACACAACAAAAACUCUCACCAUCUCUCACCCUUCUUCUUGUUCAAGUUCACUCCACUAUGUUUCUCCUUCAAUUCUCUCGGCUGGAUUUCCUUCACCUCCAAGCCCCAACUCACUUUUGGUCUUCAACUGCUCAAACUCAAAACACCAUUUUCCACCGUAUAUAAGAAACCACACCUGUUUAAAUGCAUGCGGCGGGUCAACUUCUUCUUUUUCUUCUUGUUUAGUUAUUGAAGAUCUUGGAAAGCUGCCCAUGGGUUUUCAUCCAAGAGAUUUGAACUGCACACAUUACAGCAGAGUGUACAAGAAAUCUUCAGAUGAUGGAUACGAAUUGGGGACAAGGAUUUCUUUUGAUAUCCCUGAUCAUGUUCCAGUUCCUGAUAUCUGUUCUGAGUGUCAGAAGCCUAAUGGAAAUUGUGGUGUUGGGUUGAAGUGCAUGUGCCACUUGAAAGAUUGUAACAAGGUUGUUUCAAAGGGAAAAUCCAUGAAGAACUCUGUUGGUAAUAUGUUGGUUACUUUGCUGUCUUUUGUAGCUGUGAUAGUAUUAAGAAGUUGAAAUGAUUGAUCAUGCAAAAGCUUUAGACUUUCCUGCCUUGUUGAUGUUAUAAUCUAGAUGUUUUAUAUGAAUAACAUUGAGCAAAUUUUGGUGGCUCUUCCCAAAUAUAUUCAUUUGUCAAUAAACUACCAAGCUCAAAAUUAUGUAUUCGAAGAAAGUUUUGUCUUUUAAAAA